CAUAAAAAAGCCCGCAGAGCCCAGCACCCGGUGGAGGCAGGAAGCCCCUCAACUUUGGCCAGUAUGGAGCAGCCCAAGGGGAUUGAUUGGACGGUUAUCAUCCUGACAUGCCAGUACAAGGACAGUGUCGAGGUCUUCCAGAGAGAGCUGGAAGUGCGGCAGAAACGAGAGCAGAUCCCCGCCAGGACUUUGUUACUGGCUGUGGAGGACCCUGAGACUCGCGUGGGCAGUGGAGGAGCCACCCUUAAUGCCCUGCUGGUGGCUGCUGAACACCUGAGUGCCCAGGCAGGCUUCACUGUGGUCACAUCUGAUGUCCUACACUCGGCCUGGAUCCUCAUCCUGCACAUGGGCCGAGACUUCCCCUUCGAUGACUGUGGCCGGGCCUUCACCUGCCUCCCUGUGGAGAACCCUCAGGCCCCCGUGGAGGCUGUGGUCUGCAACCUGGACCGCCUGCUGGACAUCAUGAGCUAUCAGCUGGGCCCAGGCUCCCCGCCAGGUGUGUGGGUCUGCAGCACCGACAUGCUGCUGUCCGUUCCUCCUAACCCAGGGAUCAGCUGGGACGGCUUCCGGGGAGCCAGAGUGAUCGCCUUUCCAGGGAGCAUGUCCUAUGCCCGGAACCAUGGUGUCUACCUCACCGACUCCCAGGGCUUCGUUUUAGACAUUUACUACCAGGGCACCGAGGCGGACAUACAACGGUGCGCUAGGCCUGAUGGGCGCGUGCCACUGGUCUCUGGGGUUGCCUUUUUCUCUGUGGAGACUGCUGAACGCCUCCUGGCCACCCACGUGAGCCCGCCCCUGGAUGCCUGCACCUACAUGGGCUUGGACUCUGGAGCCCGGCCUGUCCAGCUGUCUCUAUUUUUCGACAUCUUGCUGUGCAUGGCUCGGAGUGUGAGCAGAGAGGACUUCCUGAUGGGGCGGCCUCCGGAGAUGGGGCAAAGUGAUGGAGAUGUCUCAGGUUAUCUUCAGGUUGCCCGGGCCAAACUGUGGACGGAGCUUCGUGAUCAACCCCUCACCAUGGCAUAUAUCCCCGAUGGCAGCUACAGCUAUAUGACCAACUCGUCCAGUGAGUUCCUGCACAGUCUCACGUUCCCUGGGGUUGCUGGGGCCCAGGUCGUGCACUCCCAGGUGGAGGAGCUGCAGCUACUGGAGGCUGGGAGCUCUGUGGUCAAUUGCCUGCUGGAGGGCCCUGUCCGACUGGGUCCUGGGAGUGUCCUGCAGCACUGCCAUCUCCGGGGCCCCAUUCACAUAGGUGCUGGUUGCUUUGUGAGUGGCCUGGACAUGGCCCAAUCCAAGGCACUCCACGGCUUGGAGCUGCAUGAUCUUGUCCUACAGGGGCACCAUUUGCGGCUGCACGGCACCCCUGUCCGUGCCUUCACCCUCGUUGGCCGUCUGGACAGCUGGGAAAGACAGGGGACAGGAACAUAUCUUAACAUGCCAUGGAGUGAAUUUUUCCAGAAGACAGGCAUUCGAAACUGGGACCUGUGGAACCCAGACACACCCCCAACAGAGCGUUGCCUUCUCAGUGCCCGCCUCUUUCCUGUGCUCCACCCCUCAAGGGCCCUGGGGCCCCGGGACGUGCUGUGGAUGCUAGACCCCCAGGAGGAUGGGGGUGAGGCCCUGUGGGCCUGGCGGGCCUCCUGGCGUCUGUCCUGGGAGCAGCUGCAGCCUUGUCUGAACCGGGCUGCCACACUGGCCUCCCGCCGGGACCUGUUCUUCCGCCAGGCCCUGCUUAAGGCACGCAAGGUGCUGGAGGCCAGGCAGGACCUCAGCCUGCGCCCACUGAUCCGGGCCGCUGUCCGAGAGGGCUGUCCUGGGACCCUGCUGGCCAUGCUGGACCAGGUUGCAGCUGGAGUGGGAGACCCAGGCGUGGCUGCCCGGGUGCUGGCCUGUGUGGCAGAUGUACUGGGCUGCAUGGCAGAAGGCCGAGGCGGCUUACGGAGUGGGCCAGCUGCCAAUCCUGAGUGGAUUCGGCCCUUCUCAUACUUGGAGUCUGGAGACCUGGCUGGGGGUGUGAAGGCACUUGCCCAGGAGCGGGACAAGUGGCUGAGCAGGCCAGUCUUGCUAGUGCGAGCUGCUCGCCACUACGAGGGGGCUGGGCAGAUCCUGAUCCGCCAGGCUGUGAUGUCAGCCCAGCACUUUGUCUCCAUGGAGCCUGUGGAGCUGCCGGCACCUGGGCAGUGGGUGGUGGCUGAGUGCCCAGCUCGAGUGGAUUUCUCUGGAGGCUGGAGUGAUACACCACCCCUCGCCUAUGAGCUUGGUGGGGCAGUGCUGGGUCUGGCUGUGCGAGUGGAUGGCCACCGGCCCAUUGGGGCCAGAGCUCGUCGCAUCUGGGAGCCUGAGCUGUGGCUGGCAGUGGGGCCUCAGCAGGAUAAGAUGGCCAUGAAGAUAGUGUGCCGGAGCCUGGAGGACCUGCAGGAUUACUGUCAGCCCCAUGCUCCAGGGGCCCUGCUGAAGGCGGCCUUUAUCUGUGCUGGGAUUGUGCACAUCCAUUCCAGGCUCUCACUGAGUGAGCAGUUGCUGCACAACUUUGGGGGCGGCUUCGAGCUGCACACCUGGUCUGAGUUGCCCCAUGGCUCUGGCCUGGGCACCAGCAGCAUCCUGGCAGCCACUGCCCUGGCCGCCUUGCAGCGGGCAGCAGGUCGGAUGAUGAGCAGGGAGGCCCUGAUCCAUGCAGUGCUGCACCUGGAGCAGGUGCUCACCACAGGAGGUGGCUGGCAGGACCAAGUGGGUGGUCUAAUGCCUGGCAUCAAGGUGGGGCGCUCCCGGGCUCAGCUGCCACUGAAGGUGGAGGUAGAAGAGAUAACUGUACCGGAGGGCUUUGUCCAGACGCUCAAUGACCACCUGCUCCUGGUGUACACUGGCAAGACACGCCUAGCUCGGAAUCUGCUGCAGGAUGUACUGAGGAGCUGGUAUGCCCGGCUGCCUGCUGUCGUGCAGAAUGCCCACAACCUAGUGCGGCACACAGAGGAGUGUGUAAAAGCCUUCCACCAAGGAAGCCUGCCUCUGCUGGGCCAGUGCCUGACCUUGUACUGGGAGCAGAAGAAGCUCAUGGCUCCAGGCUCUGAGCCCCUGGCUGUGCGGCGAAUGAUGGAUGUCCUGGCCCCCCAUGUGUAUGGCCAGAGCCUGGCAGGGGCAGGCGGUGGGGGCUUUCUUUAUCUGUUGACCAAGGAGCCAAAGCAAAAGGAGGUUCUGGAGGCCGUGCUGGACAAGACUGAGGGCCUCGGGAACUACAGCAUCCACCUAGUAGAAGUGGACACUCAGGGCCUGAGCCUGCAGCUGUUGAGGAGUGAGACCUCAACCGGAGGCCCCUUCCCAUGAGGCUCAUCCCUUGGCAAGAGAACACCUGGAGCUACAGCAGCCCCUCCCUUCAGAGCACUCAGUCUCCUACUCCCCACCUACCUCUUUAUGAAUCUUCUCCCAAAGUAAGCUGACCUGAGUUUGGGCCCAGUCCCUUCUGAAUCCCGGUGAAGCAGAGACCACCUGGGAAUGGGACUGUUACUUCCUGGUUAAUAGUGGCCUAGGCUUGGUCUCUGCUCCAUCUAGACAUAAGAAGGUCCUAUGUUCAGUAUCCCUUGUGGCCUUUACAAAUCCCAUUGCUCAGCUGUGGCCUUAAGCUUCUUACUCUCCAUUAAGGCCCUGGAAGGAGAUGACAAUCAGCCUUAGCCUGGGUCCUUCGGCAAGGCUGACCCUAAUGAGACCCUAUGAGGCAUUUCCUGUGGCCUUCCUUAGAGGUCAGGCUUUCCCCUGAAUAGAGACUUCCAUGUUCAAUACACACUCCCAGGCUGACUUGAUGGAGUGGGAGUAGAGUUGGGGGUCCAUACCCAUGUCUGUGGUAGUGAGCUAGUGCGUUCUACAGCUAGCCACUGCUAACUCAGGCCUUAACCAAUAAAAUGGACUGUGCCACGAAACCUAUGGGCAAUAGGUUUUCAGGACUGUGAACUUCUUGGAAUAAAUUCAAUCUUCCCUUCAAA